ACCUAAAGCUCCGAAUCGUCUACAUCUAUCAAAUCCCGGAUCUGUCGAGCUAAUCCCGGAUCGUUCCAUAGUGUCAGUUGACUAAUAACGGAUACAGUUGACUAGCCACUUUGCGAGAGCAUACUUGGGGAUAUCGUGAAGACGUCCUAGUCCCUGGCGGAACGAACAUGGUGACCGUUGGUGUCCUUGCUCUUCAAGGGGGCUUCUCGGAACAUCUCAGCUCUCUCCGCAAAGCAGCCAUACACAUUUCGACUCCGUCAUCGAACUUCAACUUCAUCGAGGUCCGGACGCCAGAGCAGUUGGCGACAUGUGAUGCUCUAAUUAUACCCGGAGGGGAAAGCACCACGCUAUCUCUCGUAGCCGCACAGUCUGGGCUGCUGGAACCAUUGCGCGAGUUUGUCAAAGUAAACAAGAAGCCAACUUGGGGCACAUGUGCCGGUCUUAUCUUCCUGUCUGAACAAGCGAGUGCCGCUAAAAGAGGCGGGCAGGAAUUGAUCGGGGGACUCGACGUCAAAGUCCAUCGCAAUCAUUUUGGCCGACAGAAAGAAAGCUUCGUAACGGAUCUGGACUUGCCCUUCUUAUCUCAGGGAAGCGAUGGAGCUCAGGCCACUCCUUUCCCGGCAGUGUUUAUUCGAGCCCCUGUUGUGGAUCAAGUGUUAACAGGCGACAUUACGUCGGUCGACGACAAAGCGGAGAACAUAGCGCCAAAGGUCGCGACGCAGAAUUCUGAAAACCAAGCCCAAGCCCCCAAAGGAAAGGUUGAGAUCUUAGCUACUCUUCCCGGGCGUCACGCCUCUAACAAAGCCGCGGCGGCGUCGAUUGAGGGUACUGAUACUCAAGCAGUAACACCUAAAGGAGCAGGAGAUAUCGUCGCGUUAAGACAGGAGAACGUGUUCGGAACAAGUUUCCACCCGGAGCUAACUGAUGAUAUUCGAAUUCACGUUUGGUGGUUAGAGCAGAUAGCGAGGUCGCACGUAUAAAGAAAAGAAUUCGAUUUGGAGUUACUCAUGACACCGGCAAUUAAUAAAUAGAAUGGUGGGAACAGGUAGUACAGUGUUGUACGCGUGUAUGUACCUAAUGUGAGUACUGCACAGCGGCUCUCAGGAUUACCUCGGAUUGGCUCCUCCCCUUAAAGCGUAAUUCGUACUCUUUUUCUAGGACACAUUUCCAACAUCAGCCACAUACGGAAUCAUAAGAUUUCCACUGACAUUAGAAACAGUUCAACAUCGGCUUUCUCCAUCAGUUGUCGUCUCCCAUUCUAGUAAACCCGGAGACUCCCGAGUCGCCCUAGAAUAGAUAAGGCACAUAAUUUGAGCUAGUUGAAAAUGUGAUGUGUCUAGCUUUGCGGGGUACAUGGGGUGAGCGUUCAAGAAUGGGGGUUGUUUGUAUACCUGGUUUUGGAGCAGGGUAUUGAUACUCUGGCGAGCAACAA